CAAAGCAAAAUGAAGGUCAGCCUCCUCGUCCUCAACAGCCUCUUGGCUGGCGCUAUCGCAGUGCCAACUGGCUCCCUGGUUGUACACGAAAAGCGAGAUACCGACAAUGCUCGAUGGAUCAAGCGUGAGGCAGUUGAUCCUAAUACCAAGGUCCCAGUCCGGAUCGCCUUAAAGCAAAGCAACCUGGAUAAAGGCAUGGAUUAUCUUCUUGACGUGUCUCAUCCAGACUCUUCAAAUUACGGCAACCACUAUACGGCUGACCAAGUUGUUGAUCUUUUUGCCCCUAGCGAUGAAUCCAUCAGCACUGUUAAGGCCUGGCUGAUAAGGUCUGGCGUGCCAGCCAACUCCAUUACUUCCUCUAAGAGCAAAGGCUGGCUUGACUUCGUGACAACUUCUGGGCAGCUUGAGUCUUUGCUCCAAACUUCGUUCAGCACCUUUGAUCACGUCGAGGCUAGAAACGUCCAUAUUGGUACAGACGAGUACAGCCUUCCCAAAGAAAUCUCUCAACAUGUUGAUUUCAUCACUCCUGGUGUUGUUUUUGCCCCGGUAAGGGCAUCCUCUAAGAGCGCGGAGCGUGGGCACAAAUCCAUUCGUCGUGCUUCCAAACCCAUCCCCGCUCAUAUUGCGCAAAUUUUGGCAGCAAAUCCUCUUGCCACAUCAACAUGCGGCUCUGCAAUUACUCCACAGUGUAUCAAGUCGAUGUAUAACAUUACAGCAGGAACUUCAGCUAUUUCUACCAAUGCCCUUGGCGUCUUUGAGGUUGAGGAUACUUACGCUCAACAAGACCUCACGCAGUUUUGGAAGUCGUUUGCUACGAAUAUCCCAUCUACUACUGGGCCCAAGGUUGACGGAAUCGACGGCGCCACCGCCCCUACUAGCCCAUCCAACGCCGGUGGAGAAUCUGACUUGGAUUUUGAAAUCGCCAUCCCAAUCAUCUACCCUCAGACAACAGUUCUCUACCAAGCUGCCGUUAAGAACGAUGAUAUUUUCAACACAUUCCUCGACGCUAUUGAUGGAUCUUACUGCACGUUCUCUGAUGAUGGCGAGACAGGCGAUGAUCCUACUAUUGAUGGCAAGACUCGUAAUGAGCAAUGUGGCACUUUCAAGCCCACCAAUGUCAUCUCCUUCUCAUAUGGCACGGCGGAGGCUGACUACCCUACCUACUAUCUUCAGCGCCAAUGUGAUGAGUUCAUGAAGCUUGGUCUUCAGGGCACCAGCAUUGUUUUCGCUAGUGGUGAUGAUGGUGUUGCUCGUCGUUCUGGUCCUUGUCUCGGUUCAAAGCACAACAUCUUUACUCCGGGUGAACCUGCCAGUUGUCCCUAUGUUACAUCAGUUGGUGCUACAACUCUUCCAUCUGGUAGCCAACCUGGUGACGAGGAGACUGCUGUUACAUCCUUCUCAUCCGGCGGUGGCUUUAGCAACAUCUGGACCACCCCAAGCUAUCAAGCCAGUGCCGUUGCUUCAUACUUCGCUAGCCACGAUCCCGGCUAUGCCUCAUACAACACAUCAGGUGGUGUGAUCCCUACUACUGGCGGUAUCUACAACAAAGCUGGACGUGGAUAUCCCGAUGUUUCUGCUGUAGGUGACAAUGGCGUUGUUGUCAACCAGGAAGAGCAAGUACUUGAGGGAGGUACUUCUAUGGCCACGCCUCUGUUCGCUGGCAUCUUGACUCGAAUUAAUGAAGAGCGUAUUGCUGCUGGCAAGAGCCCAAUCGGUUUCGCCAAUCCUGCACUUUACGCCAAUCCAGCUAUGUUCAACGACAUCACAGUCGGCAACCAAGCAAAGGGUGGACCCAAUGGUGAUAGUGGUGCCAGUGCUUGUGGCAAUAAGGGCUUUUCCGCUGUUGCUGGUUGGGAUCCCGUAACCGGUUUGGGAACACCAAACUACCCUGCACUGCUGGAGUAUUUCCUCAGUCUCCAAUAAUGGCAGUACCUAAACAUUUAAAAGAAUGAACCAAUAUCAAAGCAAAUACAUCGGCAAGACACAUCAUGCCGUAUUUAGCAGCCAGUUAGCAAACGAAUAAAUAUAACUAAGGUAUUUGAAAGCACGCAUACU